AUGGAGCCUAAUCCGACCGCUGUGGACCCCAUUCCUGAUUAUGCUACGACGUUCUCGCGCCAAGAGCACGAGUGGCUGUAUCAGUUCUUACACCUACCCGCCGACGACAACCCGGUCACGAAUCCCAGUCGUAGAUCCGAUGCAGUUGAAAUUUCCAUCAUCGAUAUAAUCGCCAGUUCUUCAGCACGAAUCCUGUCAUUCCCGCCGUCUAACGAUGCUGAACUCACGCCCAAUUUUCUUCAGGCUUUAUCGGAAGUACCGUCAGAUUCCAUGGCGAGGAUCCUGCUCGUUAGCCAUCAAGCCUCAGAUCACAUCCAUAAAUCAUAUCUCAACGCGAUAGGCUGGACAUACAAGAUAGACCCGAGUUUCUUCGAAUACCAUUACAGUCUGAGUUGCCAUCGCGACUUCCAACAAAAAUGGAGGAAGGGUAAUAUUCCCACUCCACUCCCUUCUCGAGUGCCUUAUCUUCAGAUCAUAUAUGAUUCGUUUAGUCAUAUGACAAUGUGGAAGGGAGGCUUGGAACACAACCCAGUUAUCGUAAUUUUAGAGCACAGAUCCUGGUUAAUGGAGUUUGAGCUCAAGAAGAGUGUUUCUUCCAUUUUACCCCCAAAUGCUCAAACCCGUAAAUUUGUGCCGGAAAUGGAGUGCGUGUAUCCUUACAUACAAUCAUCCCUCAGCAAAUUCGCAGGAUUUUGCAAUUUCCAUACCUGGAGUAGCGACGGCCCAAGGUCUGGGAACAGCCAUCUGUUCCAGAACGUGUUGGGAACAUGUCUAACUCAUCAGAAGGAACUAACGUAUUCCAUGGAUAACUUGGCACGAUUCUUAUCACGUCAAGGCUUACUAGAAACUUCUAUGCCUGCGACAUGGCGGGAUGUGAUAAACGACUACAAGGCAUUGAUUGUGCAAACUGAGAGGACGAACCACGAAAUUCAAGCAUACUUGCAGGCAGUCCAGGGGAUGGAUGCUCUCAACGAGACAAAAGCUGCAAUCAAACAAGCAGAUUCAGUCAGGAAACUCACAUUCGUAGCAUUCGUUUUCAUUCCCCUCAGCUUUUCUUGCUCCUUCUUCGGCAUGAACAUCAAACAACUAGACUCUGGCACCGUCAACAUUGGAUAUUUCUUCCUCCUUGCAUUCCUCUCCGCUCUGCUAGCCUACAUCAUUUCAGCGUCCAUCAAGCCUUCCGAACAAGGCCUAGCGAGAGCGAGAGAUAGGUUUGCUGAUAGAGAAAUGUGCGAUGAUUCUGAAUCGUUGAUAACAGCUCGGCGAAUACUGUGGAAAUGGAUGACGCGAAAAUUGACUGUUUUACGGAAGCUGGACGACAAAUGGGAUCUUGCUGAGAGGAAAGCGCUGGAGACGCAUGAUUGGGAUGAUACUGCUUUUACUUGGGUUCAGGUUCUGUGGCCUUUCUGUUUGGAGAUUGCUCGUGGAGUAGGGGAGCGUCUGAAGGCUCUUGGCUCUAGAGAAACCAAUAGUAACCAAGGUGCGCCAGAAGAAGGAUAG